AUGACAGACUCACUCAAGCCAUAUCGCAUCCCUCAACUUGAAGGCGGCCAUCGCCCAGGCUCCGACGCAAUCUUCAACUCUCACAGCAAAGAUGAUAUCCUCUCCGCACUCAAACAAUGGAAUUCCCAGCGUAUUCUUCUAGUUCACAGUAAAACUCUCGCCAAAAACACCAGCGUGAUCUCCGAUCUAAAAGAAGCUCUUGGCGACCGCCUUGUCACUGUCACAGAAGGCGUUGGCUCUCACUCCCCAUACGGAGAUGUCAUCGACAUCGCCCACCGCAUCACAGGGCACAAGAUCGACUGUGUCAUCAGCGUCGGUAGCGGUUCUUACUCCGACGCUUGUAAAGUCGCACGUCUAAUGUCCGCUACCCUACCUAGCGGAUUCGGCGAAAAAGACAUGGAGGAUCUUCUUGAUCAAGAAAAAGGUGUUGCGCCGCAGGAUAAGAUAAGGAAAGCAGAGGGCGUGAAGCUCAUUCUUGUUCCGACGAGUUUAUCAGCUGGAGAAUGGAAUUAUACAGCGAGUUGUACAAACAGCGCUGGGAAAAAGCAACAUUUCUCACUUGAGGAUGGUGGUGCGCCGGAUUCAAUCCUAAUGGAUCCGUGGGUUGCAAGGACAUCGCCUGAGAAAUUGUGGUUGAGCUCUGGAAUACGUGCUGUUGAUCAUUGCGUUGAGACAUUAUGCAAUCCUGAAUGCGCAAAAUAUCCCGAUGUGCAAGAAUGGUGCAAAAAAGCACUGCGAGACUUGUCAAAGGGAUUAGUUGAGUACAAAGAGGGAUUGGGGAGAGGAAAAGAAGGUGAAGACGAGCUUGUUCAUGGCGCGAGCAAGUGUCAAGCCGGAAGUCGAAUGGCUCUUAUGGGGUUUAUUAUUUAUAGAGUCAACAUGGGCGCCAGUCAUGCGAUCGGUCAUCAGCUUGGUAGUGUUGGAAAGGUUAUGCAUGGUAUUACGAGCUGCAUUAUGCUCCCUCCUGUGUUGCGGUACACCAAGGCGCGAAACCCCGAGGCGCAGGCCAAGAUCGUGAAGAUCUUUAAUGAGACGUUGGGAUGGGAAGAGACUGAGGCAGGCGAUUGUGUCGCGAGGCUUGUCAAGGUCACAGGGCUGCCGAGUACACUGAGAGAGGUUGGCGUUACGAGUGAUGAGCAAAUUGAACAGAUCAUCGAUAAGACUAUGACGGAUGUAAUGUUUUCGUUUGGAAAGGUUUUGAUGAGGGACGAAGUAUCUGAGAUUGUGUACUCAACUAAAUAA